GUCCGCGAACAGUCCUCGUCCGAUUCAGUACGACCAGGAGGUUUGCGUUUACAGAAGCACUCAAUAGUUUCAGUUAGUGUCUAUUUUUGAUUUGGAAAAUUCACCCAAACCAGAACCAAGCCAUACAAUGAAGGCCUUUAUCUUGGGAUCAGUGCUGCUGCUGGCUUCGGUUAGUUCCGGAUCGUUCGUUCCUGCCGAUACACCGGAAGUGGCCGCAGCCAAGGCUGCUCACUUCGCUGCCCACGCAGCUGGCAACCACUGGGGCCACCAUGAGGCUCCAGUUCAAAAGUGGCACGGACCCAUCCACAUUCCGGUGAUCCACAAGGGCGUCCCGGUCGAAACCCCCGAAGUGCAGCAUGCCAAGGCUUUCCACGCUGCCGCCUACGCCAAGGUUGCCGGAUACGAUCAUUAUGCCCCGGAACCAUAUCACGCCUCAGUUGACCAUCACGAAGGUGGAGCUUGGCAUGGACCCCAGCACGUUCCAGUGAUCCACAACGGAGUUCCAGUUGAAACCCCAGAGGUUCAGCAUGCCAAGGCCGCCCAUCUGAAUGCCCUGGCCAGCGCUCAUUCCGGACCUGCUUCGUGGGCCGAACAAGGCCAUGGGCAUGAGGAUGACGGCUCCUACAAGCCGGAACUAUACGAAGGCGGAUAUUACUAAG